AAACAACUUCGCGUAACAAGUCCGUCGAAAUUAUAUCUCGAAAAAACAUGACUAAGCAAUCUUUGGGGCCUUUCCCUUGUCCUUUUGAUGGCUAUCAACCUAUUGUUAAAAGGCUGAAGGACAUGAUUGAAUGCAAUAACUGGAAGGAUAAAUUUGAACAGGCGGUCUAUGACGCUCAAAAGACAGGCGUCGAAGAUAUGACCAAUAUUAGCUGUUUAACCGAUUACUACAAUUUUCUUAAUUACUUGGUAUUGUGGGUGCCCAAAGAGGAUGAAACAGGAACUUUCGUUUACAAUAUGCUUUGCACGAUGUACUUUGUCCUCGAUCAGAACUCGGUUAAAGAUUUUCAAUCACCCAUUAAGCCUUCAUCGUACCCACCACCACCGUUAACGGAACUAUCCAAGUGGUUAGUCGAUUUUGCCAACGCCAUGGGACAAUUUCUCGAUACGCCUCAAUCACUUACCGAGGAAUCUCUACAGACUUUUUAUACUGCGGAGAACUACAAUGUUGACUCCUACGUGGUUCCACAAGGAGGCUGGUUAGGCCACUCUUUCAACGAAUUUUUCGCACGAAAAUUCUUGCCAGGGACCCGGCCCAUUGACGGUCCCUCCAACCCAGCGAUUAUUGUGAGUGCCGCAGACUCGACCUUCGAUGGCUGUUGGAAUAUCGAUCAAUGUGAUUCAAUUGUACAUUUGAAAGGUCUACCUUGGACCAUUGGCGAGUUACUUGCAGACAGUAAGUACGCAAAUGACUUUGCCGGAGGGAAGUUUAUGCACGCAUUUCUCGCACCAUACGACUAUCAUCGUCAGCAUGCUCCUGUAGAUGGCAAAGUUCUCGAAGCCAAAGUCAUUCCAGGCCAGACCUAUCUUGAAGUUAAUGUUAAAAAACAUUCUAACGGUAAACAUAGACUCAUUCCUACUCGAGCACUCGAUGCUCCGGACUCUGCAGGGUAUCAAUUCUGCCAGGCUCGCGGUCUAAUUGUGAUUGAUUCACCAAAAGUUGGGAAAGUUGCUGUUUUACCAAUCGGUAUGGCUCAAGUGUCUUCUGUGGUCCUAUGCGUUAAGGGAGAGGAGAUUGGGAAGGAUGGGAAAAUAGUGGAAGGGGAUGAAGUAAAGAAAGGGGAUGAGAUAUCUUAUUUCCAGUUUGGUGGAUCUGACAUUGUCCUCUUGUUCCAAGCGCAGAGCAAAGUUAAAAUACUUGCUGAAUUACACAAGCAUUAUCGCGUGGGCGAACAGAUUGCAAUUGCUCAUAUUGCUGAAUAAUAUUCUACACAUGUAAAUCACGACUUAUGUAAUCUGAAUAA